AUGCUGCUAAUAUAUAUAUAUUAUGGAUAGGAAUGCUCAUUCAAGUGUGAAUGCACUGAAUGGUGCAAUAAGUAAACAACACAAUUAAGUAAUAAAAUAUAUUUGUAAGUCCUAUUAUCGAAUAUUAAGGUUGCAAAUGUUAAAAGCAAAAGUAUUUAUUUUUAUUUAAAAUCUUUAGUUCUUCAAAAAAGUACUGUGAAUGUCUAAAAAGAAAUCAAAGAUGUAUUGAUUAUUUUAGCAACUAACUUUAUUAAAUUAAGCCUUAGAUAUUAGAUUUUAGCUAAUUACUAAGUCAAUUUUUUGAGAGGACUUGAUUUUUAUCAAAUUUCUAUUUGUUUCAAUUUUUAUGAAUGA